AUGGGUGAAUGUAACGGAACUUAUGCUAUAGGUAUAUCGAUAAAUAAAUUCUUAAAAAUUUUUUCUGAAUCCCUAGGGGUUUGGAGCUGCAUGACAGCAGUAUUUUAUGUUGAACGGGAAAUGCUCCAUCAUAUAAUUCAGACCUAUGUGCCUACGUCCUUAAUUGUCGUUAUAUCAUGGUUCAACUUCUGGCUAGAUAUAGAUACUGCUCCCGCUCGUGUAACUUUAUCAAUUACAACACUUCUUACUAUCGAAACACAAGCAAACGCCGUAAAACUUGCGUUGCCAGAAGUUUCGUACAUGAAGGCAAUAGAUUCAUGGAUGGGAUUGUGCCUGGCUUUUGUUUUUGCUGUAAUGGUUGAAUAUACCAUCGCUCAUUUUGCCAAGAACCAAGAACUACCUCAGAUUUUUCAAUCAUCUUCCAAUCAACAACCACCGCUUGUAGUUGAUUCUGAAACUUUACAGUCAAUUUUCAAUGCAGCAAAUGCUUUUUCUGCUUCUCCCGGGAAUGGAGUUAAUAAUGAAGAGGAUAUUGUUAAUAAUAACGAUAUUGGCCAAUUUAAUCCUUUGUUAAUCAACACAAACUCACCUCUAAAUAAUGGACAGAUAGAGAAAGGGAUUUUGACAAGUGAACAGAUGCAUAGGUAUUUAAUUAAAAUCGGAGAUUAG